AUGCCUGGAGAAAUCGAAUUUUCUAUGAUCAAUAAAACAAUGGAUGAUGAAGUCAAUAUGGGGCGGCAAGUUGCCUCUUCAGACCCCGAAGCAGAAAGGCAAUACGUCAGGAAAGUGGAUUUUUGGGUUUUACCCAUGCUGUGUCUGAGCAAUUUAGCAAAUGCCAAAACGGAUGGCCUCGAAAAAGAUUUGCACUUUAAGGGGAAUGACUAUUCACUCCUCAUUUUGCUGUUUUACAUUCCAUUUGGGUUAUUCGAUCUGCCAUGGAAUUUGUUGAUCAAGCGUUAUUCCGGUCGUUACAUGCUAUCAUUCAUGUCGAUUGUUUGGGGCAUACUUGCUCUCUGCCAAUGUGCAGCUAAAGGCUUCAAUUCCUUGCUUGCGAUUCGAAUAAUUCUCGGUGUCUUUGAAGCAGGAUUUUUUGCCGGAGCCACUUUCUACUUGACUCUUUUCUACACCCGAGGAGAGAUGGGAUUCCGCCUAGCCAUCAUGCAAUCAUUUGCAGUUCUGGCCUCGGCUUUCAGUGGACUCAUCUCUUUCGGGGUCUUUAAAAUCGACAGUCCCGUCGUCAAGGGGUGGCAAUGGCUUUUUAUCAUCGAGGGGAGUAUGACUUUCCUCGUUGGAAUCCUAGGGUUCUUCAUCUUACCAGAUAGUCCGCAAAAGGCCUGGUUCCUCAACGAAAGAGAAAAAGAGGCGGCAACGGUCCGUUUACUUCGAGACUCGUCCUCUGAAGUCGCAACAAAGUUCAACCUCAAGGCCUGUUUCCGGUCUUGGAAUGAUUGGAAGUUCCUAAUCUGGUGUAUUAUUACCUUCACCUACCCAGUCGCUUAUGCGACCGCGAUGAACUUCUUCCCUUUGAUCGUACAACGUCUCGGCUACUCUGUUGUCAAAACGAAUCUGUGGACUGUCGCACCAAAUUUGGUUGGCGCAGUUGUUCUGCUUUGCGUUGCCAAGUCAUCGGACUAUUUUCGCGAGAGGACAUUUCACAUUGUGUUUUCAUUGACCAUGUCACUAGUUGGUAUGGUCAUCUUGGCUGCUAUAGAUGUCCUCCACAAUAAAGGAACGGCAUAUUUUGCCUGUUUCUUAAUCGCCUCCGGGGCUUACAUACCCUCGUGUCUUGUUCAUGCUUGGCAUAACAAUAACAAUGUUCACGAAAACUCUCGCGCUGCCAAUACCGGUUUCUUCGUGGGCUUGGGAAAUUUAGCCGGCAUCUUGAGCGCUGCGACGUUUCGCACGCAAUACGCGCCAAAGUAG